AUGCCCACCGCCAACCCCAACCCCGCCAACUUCGCCAACCGCCCCCACGAAGAAGUCGAAGCCAUAGCAUCCAAAGGCGGACAAGCCAGCCACAGCCACGGCCACAGCGGAGGAGGAGGAUUCGCGUCCAUGGACCCCGGCAAGCAACACGACAUCGCUUCCAAAGGCGGCCAAGCCUCCAGCGGGUCGUUUGAGCCUGGGUCCGAGAAGGCGCGGGAGGCGGGCCAGAAGGGGGGGGUUGAGAUAGUGGGUUCUGACUCUGUUGGAUCAGGGGUCGUUAUGAUUGAUGGAUGAUUUGAUAAUGGUUUGUUUUUAUUUUGUCAGGUGGAAGCUUCGUUUGUUUAGUGGAUUUGGGGAUCCUGUUUUAGAUUAUAUGCGCUCAUUUUAUGCAGUCAGUUCAAGUACGCGUUUGUUAGAAGUUUUGUUGCAGCCGCGCUCGCGGGAAAGAACUGCGGCUCAGUGAAGUUAGCUACCUAGCACACGAUCGACCGUCCUAGAACCUCUCACCUAUCCCAAGAAACGAAGCCCAAAGAGUUUCCCCAGCCCCAAAGCCUCAAACAACUUAAACGUUUUUAUACAUACAGUCAUCUCUCAAUUCUCCUCGUACACAACAGCAGAACCCUGGUAUCAACUAAGACCAUACUCAGAACGCCAUCAACCCAUCCGACACAUG